AUGGACCCCUUCGCGGACACGCUGCAGCGGCUGCGGGAGGCCUUCGGCUCGGGGUGCACGCGGCCGGCCGAGUUCCGGGCUGCCCAGCUGAAGGGCCUGAGCCGCUUCCUGCAAGAGAACAAGCAGCUUCUGCAGGAGGCGCUGGCGCAGGACCUGCACAAGUCAGCCUUCGAGUCAGAGGUGUCUGAAAUCAGCAUCAGUCAGAACGAGGUUAACUUGGCGCUUAGGAACCUGCGGGCCUGGAUGAAGGACGAGAAAGUGCCCACGAACCUGGCCACACAGCUGGACUCGGCCUUCAUCCGGAAGGAGCCCUUCGGCCUGGUGCUCGUCAUCGCCCCCCGGAACUACCCUCUGAACCUGAGCCUAGAGCCCCUGGUUGGCGCCCUCGCAGCAGGGAACUGCGUGGUGCUGAAGCCCUCUGAGGUCAGCAAGAGCACUGAGAAGGUCCUGGCCAAGGUGCUGCCCCGAUACCUGGACCAGGGAGCCCGCUGCUUUGCUGUGGUGCUGGGCGGGCCCCAGGAGACCGGGCAGCUACUGGAGCACAAGUUCGACUACAUCUUUUUCACAGACCCUGCCACGAGCCCAGGACAAGGCCUGCCAGCUGCCACCUUAACAGACAGGGAGGGCGACUGUGGGAGCAGAGGGGCCAGGGUCCUCAGCUGUUCCUACAGAUUCCCAGGGGGCGGAGGCACCAGGAGAAGGAAGCCGGGCGGAGUUGAGGGGGGCCUGACCACCCUCCACCAUCACAGCCCGAAGCUCAGUGGACUCUGGGCCCUGGCCCCGCGGGACCGAGGGUGCAGAGGCAAGGCAAGCAGACCCCCGGAGGCCAGCUUCUACGCCAGGUCCCCAAGGCAGUCUGUGCAGAGGCCGAUGGACCGCCAGAAGCUACUCCGCCAUAAUCUCCUGACUCCAGACCUCAGUUUCCUUAUUGGUGGCCCCCGAGUCGGCAAGAUCGUCAUGGCUGCUGCCGCCAAGCACCUGACACCCGUCACGCUGGAGCUGGGGGGCAAGAACCCCUGCUACGUGGACGACAACUGCGACCCCCAGACUGUGGCCAACCGCGUGGCCUUCCGCUAUUUCAACUCCGGCCAGACCUGCGUGGCCCCCGACUAUGUCCUGUGCAGCCCCGAAAUGCAGGCUCGACUGCUGCCCGCCCUGCAGAGUGCCAUCACCCGUUUCUAUGGCGAAGACCCCCAGAGCUCCCCAGACCUGGGCCGCAUCAUCAGUGAGAAGAAUUUCCAGCGGCUCCGGGGCCUGCUGAGCUGUGGCCGCGUGGCCAUCGGGGGCCAGAGUGAUGAAAGCGAUCGCUACAUCGCGCCCACGGUGCUGGUGGGCGUGCAGGAGACGGAGCCGGUGAUGCAGGAGGAGAUCUUCGGGCCCAUCCUGCCCAUCAUGAACCUGAGGAGCCUGGACGAGGCCAUCGAGUUCAUCCACCGUCGGGAGAAGCCCCUGGCCCUGUACGCCUUCUCCAGCAGCAGCCAGGUGGUCAAGCGGGUACUGGCCCAGACCAGCAGUGGGGGCUUCUGUGGGAACGACGGCUUCAUGCACAUGACUGUCGCCAGCCUGCCCUUCGGAGGAGUGGGCGCCAGUGGGAUGGGCAGCUACCACGGCAAGUUCUCCUUCGACACCUUCUCCCACCACCGCGCCUGCCUGCUGCGCCGCUCUGGGCUGGAGGUCUACGCUCUCCGCUACCCGCCCCACACUCCACGCAACCUGAGGGUGCUGCUCGCGGCCAUGGAGACCCGCAGCUGCAGCUGCACCCUGCUCUGA